AUGGCUUCGCUAGGAAGAUCUCGUAUAGUCCAGGGACUAGUGGCGCUUUUGGCGCUUGUGGGUCUAUACUACUUUGUUUUUGGCAAAAAACUGGCUGACUCCUUCUCGCCAGAGGAGAUCAAUGAUAUGCUCCAGAAUAAGGCAGACCUAGUCAAAGUGAAGAAGGUGGAACUUCCCAUGGUCGGGCUCCAGAAGCCGUAUGUGGAUAGAACAUCACUUCGAUCGCCCAAUUGGGAUUUCAGCGGUGACAUUCUAGUGAGGAAGGACUACGUUCGUCUUAUUUCCCAGAAGAAACAUAUGGUGGGUAAUAUGUUUGCAAGACUUCCCAUUCAGGCUGAAUCUUUUGAAAUGGAGCUCACAUUCCACAUCCACAGUACGUCUGCCGCAGCUUUGUCAGCAGAUGGAAUGGCAAUUUGGUUUGUGAACGAGCCAUCCCCCAUUGGAGAUGUCUUUGGUGCCAAAAACUUGUUCAAAGGCUUGGGUAUUUUCAUAGAUACCUACAAAAACGGCAAGAAGGGAAAUUUCCCUUAUGUUGGAGCUAUGCUUGGUGAUGGAAGAACGGCCUACAACAAGUACAACGAUGGUAUGGAUACCAUGAUCACGGGAUGCACUGCCAAAUCCAUCUUGAACCCCGGAUCACAUCUGACCCGGAUGCGUAUCAUCCACACGAAGAACGGAUACUUGUCUGUAGACUUCAACUACAAUCCUCAGAGAGCUGACGACUGGCAUAACUGCUUCACGUUAUCCGAUAUUCAUCUUCCUCCUGUCAAGUACUUGGGACUCACUGGAGAGACCGGAGAGUUGACUGAGAAUAUCGACAUCAUCGAGAACAAAGUUUAUGCUUUGUUCAAUCCAGAGACAGAUGACUACAUCGAGUCGGUGGAGCUGUUGGAAUCAUUGAUGGAAAAUCAGUUGGAUGAGUCAGAGAAGCAGGUGGACUCGACCCGUCCACGUCAGCGUACCAGAAAGUCGGUGGUGAGGUUGAGAAACGCAGAAAGAAGACUCAAAGAGAGAGAGAAGGAAUUGAGAAUGCAGAAAUACGGCGAUCCAGACGCAACUUUCCCAGUAAGAAUGUGGAGGAUGGCAAUGACCAUAGCCAAGUAUUUUAUUUACCUUGUGUUGGUAGUUUUGAUCUUGUGGGUGGCUCACAUUGUCUACAGAACACGCAAGCAGCAGAGGAGGUCCAGAACGACUGGUCUCUUAGAUUAA